AUGCAGAGGAAGGAUGCCGAGAGCUUAAUGCGUGCCGCGGCGGUAUCUCUUCCCAGUGUUGGCCUGGACUGCACCGUAUCACGACGAUACGUUUUCAACCACUGGAGUUUCCGAGGUGUAUCCCUGAAUGUCGAUUGCAAUAAAGAUAUCAUCUCUACUCAGUCAAUUCUUUCUGCCUUGAAAUCAAUUGAAGGCGUAGGGAAGGUAUGGUCAAUCACCACAGAUAAACUACCUUCUGAUAGCCUCAAGAGGAAAGGCGCCUCAGAGGCCGAAUUGCGCCGGCGACGCUACGAACGGGACAACCAAAUAAAAGGCCGACCUCUCAACAAUAACAUUAAUCACAGAUCACAGGCAGACUUAGAUACUAUAUCUAGCCAUAUCGAUACUGGAGUUGCAAGACUGCGCGCCGAGAACAUCACUGGUGCAGGUAUACGAGUGGCUGUUCUCGACGGGGGGUUCGAUCUCACUGUGCCAGGCUUGAGCCUAACCAGAAUCGAUUACACCCAUGAUGUGACAAACGGUGGUGACGACGUACAAGACGAGUGCUGGUACCACGGUACGCAUGUCUUGGGUAUCAUAGGCGCCAAAGGUAACAAGGUCGAGCACAAUAUCAGCGGCGUCGCACCUGAUGCAUCGUAUGAGCUAUUCCGUAUCCAGGCCUGCGACUCCUCAUCCGCCACACAAGAUGCGCUCCUGGCUUCAUUGAUUGAUGCUGCAGAUAGGGGCGUCGAUAUAAUCACUUGCUCAUAUGGAAGCCCCAUUGCCUGGCUCGAGGAUCCCUGGACCACCGUGGCAGAUCGAGUCGCGGCGAAUGGCACACUUGUCUUUUUCCCGUCCGGCAAUCGCGGACCGGGGAUCUUCACUGGCAACAGCCCAGCCGAUGGUGACUAUGUCACUGCUGUUGGAUCCGUCGACAAUUCCGUGACUCCAUAUUACUCAUGGGAGGCCACGUGGUCUACUGCCCAUAACAGUGCAACAGGCUCUUUUGCGAUCGUUCCUAGCACACCUUUCAACUUUCCAAAGAACACGAAAUUGACGGUCUGGGCGCCCGACGUCUCUGCCUCAGAUGACUGCCUCCCGAUGCCUGAUAGGUCGUCUCUUCCCGAUGAUUUAUCGAAUGUCAUUGUCCUUUCUAAGUACAAGCAGUGCUGGCUUGAUGCAUGGGGUGGAUCACACAUCCUUACCGAAGCAUUCAAUAUUUCCUAUGCUUUGUACUAUCCAGGCAAAAGUAACACUACUAUCUCCGAUGGUCCCCUCUUCGCCGUUUCCGAUUUCCAAAACGCCAAAGGCGUCGCUACCGUUGAUUACAACACAGCCUCCAUGUUACUGGCUGCAAGAAAAGAACACGGCUCCCUAAAAAUCUCAACUAAUGCAGUUUCUCAUCUAUCAUACGAAGUCAACAACCUGUCAGGCUCGCUCAGCUCAAAGUUUACAGGCUGGGGCCCUACCCUCCGGGCUUUGUCAAUGCCUUUGUUCCUGGCCCCAGGAGGUAACAUUCUAAGCACACUCCCGCAGAGGUUUGGCGGUUUGGGUGUGCUUGGCGGUACCAGCAUGUCUACCCCUUUUGCUGCCGGUGUCGCUGCUCUCGUCAAGCAGAAACACCCUGAAUAUUCAGCUGACGAUAUCCGCAAUGUGAUUGUGACAACAGCACGCCCAGUGAAGUGGAAUGACGCAAAGGGGCACACACUAGACUUCCUGGCACCAACAUUCCAACAGGGUGGUGGCCUUGUCGACGCUUGGAGCGCUGUGCAUACCACCACCUUGCUAAGCACCGCUUCCUUGAGUUUCAACGACACUGCCUAUCGCGCUACCAACCUUACCUUCAGCAUCGAAAACAGCGGUAAGAAGACUGCCAAGUACCGACUAAGCCAUAUCGGGGCGGGAUCAGGCUACGUCCUGGGAGAGAGCGGCUACAACCUAACAAAAGCAGAGGCUUAUCCAGUCUAUGCCGAUAUUCAUAUUCACCCCACAUCUCUUGAAAUCAAGCCCGGGUCCUCAGCCACGGUUUCAGUGUCUAUCAUCAAAGAGCCAGAUCUACCUGAUGCUGCCACUCGUGUCUCGCAUUUCAGUGGUUGUGUUGCCAUCGAGGCUGAAGGGGCGGCUAACAAACUCACGCUUCCAUACACCGGACUAGGAGCUCCCUUACUUACGUUACCGGCUAUCAACCGAGACACUGCCAUCCUAGCAGGAUAUAACACCUCAAAUUCCGCGACAAUACCACUGACUGAGGAACACGUCUUUAACUGCAUUUUAAACACGACUAUGAAUUCGCCAGUUACAUUUCAGAAUAACUUUUACCCUGGUGUAAAGGUUGAUCUUGUUGUCCAGAGUAGAGACUUCGCGCUUAGCAUUAUCGACACUGAUUCCGGCAAGGAGAUGUUUGUGAUGACGCGUGGGUCAUCUGAAGAUCCCUAUCUGGCUGGUUGGACAUGGUAUUAUGAUGGAACUGAUGCAAAUUACUUUCAUUUGCCAGAGGGAAGAUACCACUGGCGGGCUAAGGCACUUAAGCUAACAGGAGACCCUAAGAAAAAGGAGGAUUAUGAUAUUUGGGAAAGUGGAAGUUGGAUUCUCAGAAUAGUAUAUUAG